UGACUGAGUGAUAAAAUUACCUCCUGGUCUUCAGGAACUUCAGCAUGCAACUGUGCUAUAGGGAUCUCAGUGUACCCCUCCUCACAGCACAAACAAAUACGGCUGGAAAUGGAUCUGGAGGAGACGUACACAGAGGGAGAGGAUACAGAGAGGAAAAUGACUCGAGCUGCAGCUGCAAAGUUGGUGAAAAAGGCUUUUCUUGAAGCCCUGAAGUCCAAUGACUUUGAAACACUGGAAGAGCUCUUGAGCCAAAAGAAAAUAGACGUGGACACGGUGUUUGAAGUGGAAGAUGAAAACCUGAUUCUGGCAUCUUACAAACAAGGGUACUGGCUGCCUAGCUACAAAUUAAAAAUAUCCUGGGCCACUGGACUUCACCUGGCUGUCAUGUACGGACAUCUGGAGAGCCUGUCGGUCCUCCUCAACCACAAAGCCACAAUCAACUGCCGGCCCAACGGGAAGGCUGCCAUCCACAUUGCUUGUGAGACGGCCAACGUGGAGUGCCUCAAGAUCCUCUGCAACCACGGAGCUAAGCUCAACUGCUUUUCCAUGAGUGGGCAGGCCCCCCUGCACUUCUGUACAACACCAACCUCCAUGCCUUGUGCCCAGCAGCUGCUUUGGAGAGGAGCAAAUGUGAACAUCAAAACCAACAACCAGGAUGAGGAGACUCCUCUGCACACGGUUGCACGUUUGGGUAUCCCAGAGCUCGUGGCCUUUUACGUGGAACAAGGAGCACAAGUCGAUGCCCUCAAUGCCUACAUGGAGACUCCCCUGGCCUGUGCAGCCUACUGGGCCCUGCACUAUAAGGAUCAAGUCUACAGCCCAGAUCACCACCUCAUCUGUCGAAUGCUCUUAGACUAUAAAGCUGAAGUGAAUGCUCGUGAUGAGGAUUUCAAAUCACCGCUCCACAAAGCUGCCUGGAACUGUGACCACGUCCUGCUGCACAUGCUGCUGGAGGCAGGAGCAGAAGCAAAUGUCAUGGAUGUCAACGGCUGUGCGCCCCUACAGUACAUCAUAAAAGUCACAUCUGUGCGGCCAGCUGCCCAGCCUGACCUCUGCUACCAGCUGCUCCUGAAUCAUGGAGCUGCUAGGAUAUAUCCUCUGCAAUUCCACAAGGUGCUCCAAGCCUGUCAUUCCCACCCCAGAGCUGUGGAGGUUGUCGUCAACACCUACGAGCACAUCAAAUCAACAUCCAAGUGGAAAGCAGCCAUACCUGAUGAUGUCUUUGAGCGGCACCAGGAUUUCUAUGACUCUUUGUUCAGUGUGUGCAGCAAUUCCCCACGGUCCCUCAUGCACUUAUGCAGAUGUGCCAUUCGGGAGGUACUGUCAGAAAGGUGCCACCGAGGAGUCCCCUUGCUCUCCAUCCCCCUCUCUGUGAAGAAGUACUUGCUGCUGGAACCAGAAGGAAUCAUCUACUGAGCUGCAGCAGAGCUGCCUCUGGCAUCACCCUUCCUGGAUCCGUGUGCCUCUGCGGGGUGCUGGAGAUCCAAGCAGAGCCCUGACACAGCCUUUUGCUUCUCUACCAGCCUGAAGCUGAGCUGGGCUUUACCAGCUCUCCUCAGAGACUCUUUUCCUGCAUUGAGAAAUCACAGCUGCAGGCUCGGGGAGGCAGAGCUGGACAGGUCCUCUGCUCCAAACAACCACAGGGAUGCAAACUUUCAUGCUUUGUUCAUCUUAGCUUAAACGAUGCUGCUGCUUCCAUUGGUCUUUAUUCUGCUCCCUGCUAGAUAGCACUUAGUUUAGUCUGAACAGCCUCUGGUACUGUUUCUCUGUCAUUUGGGAGUAAAAAGAAGAAUACUGUCAGAACCCAGGGCAUUUAUUUGUGUCACAGCAUUGCCUUCCCAGGAAGAAAUGGGUCACUGGAUACAACCAUGACCACAGACAGGACUUGAGCAGUUCCCACAUAUCCCUAUGGAUUCACUCUCAGUGCAAUGUUAGCUCCCUGCACCUGUCUGUACAUUUAUAAAGCUUUGUCAUAACGAUAGCCUCUUGAACUGUAGGAUGAUUUUUCCUCCCAUGAGAAGUCACAGCAUGUGAACAGGGUUGAAGUCAGCAGCACUGAAAUCUCUGCACGUUGAUAUUCAUGCCCAGGUGGCUUCUAGCAGAUGCUGUCUCUCAUUGUGCCUGGUGUUCAGUUCAUAUCCUGGUGUGAAGAAACACAGGCAGAAUGGACUUGUCUCUGCAGCCUGCACAGCAUGGUGCUGCAUGGGAUCUGGGGAGGAUACAAACCCUUCUCUUCACUGACUACAGAAGGAGCCUAGCCUGCUAACAUGGCAUAUGCACCUCACCUUUUAGCAGCUAAGUACAGGUGAAGGAGUCUCACCUUAAUGAAAAAGUGUUUCCAAGUU